UGGUCAGCUGUUUCCUCUCACUCACUAGUAGCAAAACACAGUCAGUGUCUCUGAGCCUCCAAUUUAAGCUCUAAAUCAUCUCCACGGAGGGAAGGUUUUGUUUUUAGUCAGGACCGAGUGCGCGCCUGGGGGAUGGAGUCAGCCCAGAGGGAGGCAGCAGGUAGGCGGCUGGAAAGAAGCUGCCACACGGCGUUCCUACACAGCGACACUCUGUAUGUGUGGGGAGGCUACCAGGUAGUUGCUGGACAGGAUGUCAUGCUGCCCAGUGAUGAGAUAUGGCUCUGUGACUUGGACAGCGGGAAGUGGGAGUGUAAGGAGAUCACGGGAGAGAGUCCUUCAGACUUAUUUGGUUUCUGUGGCUCCAAUAUUAACAGCACACUGUACAUCUUUGGAGGAUGUACCCCUGACGGAUACUCAAACCAGAUGUACAGCGUUGACGUAGUUGAGCCGUGCUGCUCCUGGACGAGGCUCAGCGACACAAAGGGAACGACACCCUCACCCCGGAACAAACACUCCUGCUGGGUGCACAGAGGCAGGCUGAUCUACUUUGGAGGAUAUGGCUGCAAGACGAUAGGGGAGGUACAGAGCACAUCAUCGUCAAGCUUUACUGUGGAGGAGAUGUCCUGGGCAACAAUUGGAAACACUUUGUUUCGUUGUUGGGGAUGGAACAAUGAGGUCUGUGUCUUUGACACGCAUUCCUCCACUUGGAGCACACCUGAGACUCGGGGUCCUGCUCCUACUCCCAGAGGCUGCCAUGCCAGUGCUCUGCUGGGGAACAAAGGUUACAUUACUGGUGGUGUGGAAACUGCAGAGUUGGACAUUUUCUCUUUGGACCUAGAGACCUGGACUUGGAGUCGAUUUGACAUCUUCCCCUCUGGUGCACCUCUGGGGCGCUCCAUGCACACCAUGAGCUCCAUAUCAGACCAAACCAUCUUCAUAUACGGUGGUCUUGGCGUGGAUGGAAACACACUAAAUGAUGCCUGGCUGUUUAACGUACAGAAGAAAGGGUGGAUGAAAGUGACGCACGCACACGAAGACAAGCCUAGGGUUUGUCACACUGCUUGCCUAGGAGGUGAUGGUGACGUCGUGGUGUUUGGGGGGAGCAGUCAUCUCUGCAUCCUUGUGGACUCGGUGGCUGUUCUAAGGGCUCCAAGGCAACAUCAGUGCAGGGAUAUUCUCAUCUUCCAGACUCAGCCAUAUUCUCUCUGCAGGUUGUGUGAGGACUUUAUUGGAGGAAACUCUGAGUUGUUUGGACCACUGCUCAGCUGGCUGCCUUCAAAGCUACAGACCAAAAUCUGCAAAAGGACGGCCUGUUUGUCAGCCAUGAAGCCGACAGCUACGUCCACAGCAUGAAGGAUUGCUUUUACAGAGACACUACUUGUCUUCAAUUUGUUUGUGUUUACUUAAGAUGAUGCUUUGGUUUUGUUUCUUUUUAACUUCAUGAUUUAUAAAAAGAAAAGUCUGUUUUAAUCUGUUAAGGUGACAUUUUACCCUUUAGUUGUGUGUUAAAAUUUUGAAU